GCAGAAAAAAAGGGUGCCAGUAACACCAUUGUUGGCCUGAUUUUUGGAUGUUUUGCUUUGGUCAAUUUCUUGUCUGCUUUGAUCUUAGGAAAUUAUCUUACGUAUAUUGGAGCAAAAUUCAUGUUUUUGGCAGGGAUGUUUGUCUCAGGAUGUGUGACCAUUCUGUUUGGAAUGCUGGACAAGGUGCCAAGUGGACCAAUGUUCAUUGGUUUGUGCUUUUUAGUAAGAGCAAUGGAUGCAGUAGGUUUUGCAGCAGCAAUGACAGCAUCAUUUUCAAUCCUUGCAAAGGCAUUUCCCAAUAAUAUAGCUACUGUCCUGGGCAGCCUUGAAAUUUUUACAGGACUUGGACUGGUACUGGGCCCGCCUUUAGGUGGCUUUUUAUAUCAAUCAUUUGGUUAUGAGGUCCCUUUCAUUACGGUGGGAUGCAUAGUGUUGGUCUUGGUGCCCGUGAAUAUGUGCAUAUUAUCAAAAUACGAUUCGGUCCCCAGCAAGGACUCCUUUUGGAAGCUCAUUCUUCUGCCAAAAGUCUUAGUACUCUGUCUUACUAUAUUUUCUCUAAGCGCAUGCUUGGGCUUUUUGGAUCCCACAAUGUCUCUAUUUAUCCUAAAGAAGUUCAAACUCCCAGCUGGUUAUGUGGGCUUGGUAUUCCUCGGUUUGGCACUCUCGUACUCCCUGUCUUCUCCCCUCCUUGGACUUCUAAGUGACAAACUGCCA